ACCUUUUACAUGGCCGAUCAAUUUGAUGAUCAUGCUAAGAGAUACCGAAAAAGGGGAACUAGUAGGAACUAGAACCCGGCAGGGAAAAGGAGAAAAUUCUGAACCCACAGAAGGCAGGCGCCUUUUCAUGAAUUGAUCUGUCAUUUCCCAAAUGUACACCUUGCCGAGUCAGAACUAUGUCCAAAGUUCCAGGGUCGGUCGGCUUGCCGAUUCUUGGAGACAAAUCACUGGACUUUUACAGGAACCCAGUCAAAUUCGUAACCAAGCAGAUUGAGGACAACAAGAGUCGAGUUUUCUGCGCCCGAUUCCUGAACACUCCCACAGUUUUCAUCGGAUGUAAUAAAACCAUCAAACAUCUCCUCACAGAUGGGGCAGACUUCACAGAACUUGGCUAUAAGCAGUUUAUGGGGGAGAUCUUUGGAGACAACAUUUUGUUUACUGAUGGAGAAAUGGCUGGAGCUUUCCGAGCCUCUUUAUCUGAGCUGUUCUGCCAUGACUCCCUGACCUCUUACCAGACCACCAUAUCAAGAAUAGUUCAGGACCGGGUACAUGAGCUUGGAUGCCUGUGUGAGGUGCCCCUGUAUUCCUUUAUGAAAUCCCUGUGUACAGAGAUCUGUCUCAGCCUGUUUCUGGGGAUGGACUUCAGAGAUGCUGAGGACACUGCUGACCGAAUUGUUAAUCUCACCACCACACACUGGCAUGGUAUAAUAUCGGUGCCUGUCUCAAUAAAGCUUCCUAUCGGUGGUGGGUCUUCCUUCUGUAGAGCCUUAGAGGCCAAGAAUCACCUGCUGAACAUAAUAAAACAGAAGAAGCUAGAGAACUCGUCCCACUUCCCUGAUCGGAUCCAGCAGUGUUCCCAUGGCGACCAGGAGAAGUUUGUGGACAAUCACCUUCUCCUGUUCACUUCAGCCCUCGUACCCAAGGCAUUGUCUUCAAUCCUCACAUCUCUCCUCAUUCAGAUCGGCAGCCAGCAGACUGAGGAUCAGGCUGGUUUGUCGAAGGAUGAGGAACAGUUGGAGGCCAUGUUGUUGGAGGUCCAGAGGAUGUUCCCUCCAUUCCUGGGAGGAAGGAGAGUAGCUAGGGAGGACUUCACUCUGAAUGGAUACCACAUUCCCAAAGGGCAUGCUUUAGUGUACAUGUCUUACCACGGUCACAGAGAUCCCAGCAUCUUCCCAGACCCAGACCAGUUUGAUCCAAGCAGAUGGAACAAUGUCAAUGUAGAAGACAAAGAGCGAUUAUUUUGUUUUGGGGCUGGUCCCCGAGGAUGUGUAGGGCAGAAGCUGGUGGGGAACAUACUGAAGACAGUUGUAACAGAACUUCUCCAAAAGUAUUCCAUCACAGUCAACGAGAAUCAAGAUCUCAGCCACAAAUGGCUCCCUGUCUCCAGACCAACGGCAGAGGUCAAGGUCAAAUUAACAAAGAGGUCAGGGUCAUAGGUCACAAAGUAGAAAUGCCAUAAUAUUUUAUAUUGUUACUCUACGAUACAUGUUGAGGUGGUAUGGGACACCUGUUGAUAUUGGUAAAAGGUCACAAUCAUCAAAAUACUUUGAUUGUUUUAGAAUUUUCAAAUUUCACAAUAUUUGACUAAAAAAUAAUUUUUAAAAAUUUUUGGAAAGAAAAUUAUUGUAAAAGCACCAGCGGAUUUGAACUUGUGAAUUGCAGAUUUGUAGCCAACGCUCUAACCAAUCGCACUAUGUUGUUGGAUAACAAUACUGGGAAAGAACAGAUUUAAACAGUUAUACAUGUAUUUGAUUUUAAUGUUUAUUUUGAUCAGAAAUACGUCACAAUAUUGGGGUGUCCCAUACCACCUCAAUUUUUUGUGGGUUCCAUUUUUGUAGCAAUGACAUAAGACAGUAUUAUCAUUUGUUGAUCCAUAGAUUGUUUUGAUGACUUGUAUUAUAUUGUAUUGUACAACUACUUAUUAUGUAUGUAAUUAGCAAAUGCUGUUUUCUGACAAUGAUCUGUUAUGUGAUAUUUUUAUUUUUUUACUCAAAGAAAAACUACUUACUGCAUUUGGCCUAUCUGUUCCCUAGUCUACUACUACAACAGAAGGAAUGCUAACUCUUAACCAAUGUAAUAUAUCUGUUUACUUGUUUGAUUUUAGCAAUGUUUUUAAAUACAGUAUUGUAUGCAAAAAUGUUAAAGGACCAUAUUCGAUAAGGUCCAAUAUCUGCCCCCCACCUUCCCCCCCCCUUCCCAAAUUUAAAUACAUUGUAUCAUACUGAUAUUUUGAUGGUAUAUAAAACUACAUAUGUAAGUUACACAAAUCUAAAAUUUUCACAGCAUGGUUCAUUCAUUGUUUUUUUAUGACGUCACCUAGAUGGGCUAAUUCCCACCAUUUCUCAAAUGCAUGAAAAUUCAUCAGUUUUUCUUCAUAAUAAUCAGCAGGAAUUAUAGAGCGCAUUGUUGCUCCAAAACUAUUUUCAGCUAUAUUAUUCAUAUUAUUUUGCACAUCAUAUUAAAAAAUGGUGUUGGAGCAAGCAUGCAUUCAAUGUUUCCUGUUUAAAAACUAAUAGGAAAUACCCUCUCUGUGCUAUAAUAUGUACUUUUUGUGGAGUUAGAUAAUCAGUAAAAUGGCACAGCUAUAUAUUGUGUUUGUUUUACUUAACAGAAUUCCAGGACUGCGUUUUACAAAAGAACUCACAAGAAAGUCUUAGGGAAAUACCUUUACUUAACAAAAUUAAUAUAAAACCAUUAAUUCACACUUAUUUUGAUUUCCAUAAUUAUAUUUUACAGCUGUUAGAAUGAAAUAUUAAUUUGUUCACGAUUAAUAAGCAUUCUUUAAUUUGAUUGUAAGUCUUAAGUUCAUUUGUAAAACGCAGACCAGAUCUUUUCAUUCAACUGCUGAUUUUGUAAAUUCACUUUUCAUGUUUGAUGUUUGACUUUUUUCCUGGUAUGUCUACUGUGAUAUUUGAUACCAUACUUUUAUAGUCUCACAGUACAAGUAAUUGGUACAAUGUAUUUCCCAAGUAUGGUAUAUUUGUAGACUUUUUGAUAUUAUGUACUUAAAUUCUGGAAAUGUUUAUGUUUAAUAUUUUUCUUUUACUUAAUGUAAGAAUUGUUCCUUAUAUAUAUACAUGUACAUGAGAUGGAGCUUUUGAAAAAUAGACUGUUUUAAAUGUGCAAAGUACAUGUAGGUUUUUCAAAAGACUUCUGGGGCAUAUUCUAACAUGUUAUAUGUAUUUAUAGUAAACUAAGUUUACUAAGUUCAAUUAGAACAUUUAUAUUACUAUUGGACCUAAUUAUACACAAGUUUUUCAUUAAAAGUUUUAGACCUAUAUAAUUUUGCUAGUAAAAGUUUUGGAUUUUUAUGAAACCAUAAAAUCAUGUGGACUUUGUUAGAACUUGCAUGUUUAUAUUGACGUCACAUUGAUACUUUUUAGAGAUGGACUGUUAUAACUAAUACUGGGUAUUUUUAUGAUUUACAGUGAUCUUUUUGUCCUAAUGGUGAUUUUUUUCAAAUUUCUGUGCAUAAAACAGAAGUCUAUAUGUAUCUGAGGUUAUUAAUAUUUUUUUUUCUUGGAUCUCAUCCUCUCUGAUUUUAUUUCUGUUGAUUUUAUUCACUGUUACUUGAGUUUAUAUUGGACAAUCCUUUUAAAUAAACUUUAUUCUUUUAUAAGAAAA